AUGAGCGUGAGCAACGGCCACCCGCAACGAGUCGUUGUCGAGCAGGGUGCCAAAGUUCGGGGAGGGGAGGGCGUGCAACCAAGCCCCAGAUUCCGGGACCGAAGCCGCGUUCAACCUGGCUUUAUCAGCACCAGAAGAGAGGUGCUCGUCUACUUUGAUUCCAAGGUAAGUAAUACAUUCUACUUGUUGUAUAGGUUAGAGAGAGAACAGCUCAAGCCUGAAUACCUGAAGCUGAACCCCCAGCACACAGUCCCCACGCUGGUGGACGACGGACUCUCUCUGUCGUACCUGGCCAACAAGUAUGGCAAGGGCAGCACCCUCUACCCUGAGGAGCCCCGCGCGCGAGCCCUUGUAGACCAGCGGCUGUACUUCGACAUUGGAACACUGUACCAGAGAUUCGCUGAUUACUUCUACCCACAGAUAUUCGGCGGCGCGCCCGCUGACCAGGGCAAGCUACAAAAGAUCGAGGAAUCCCUCAAGUUCCUGGACACAUUCCUCGAAGGCCAGAAGUAUGUGGCCGGCCCCAACCUGACCCUCGCCGAUCUGAGCCUCAUCGCCAGCGUCUCCAGCUUCGAGGCCACCGACAUCGACUUUAAGAAAUACUCUAACGUUAAGAGAUGGUACCAGACCGUCAAAUCCACAGCUCCUGGUUACCAGGAAGCCAACGAAAAGGGUCUGGAAGCUUUCAAGGGCCUCGUCAACAGCAUGAUGAAGAAGUAACCGCCC